AUGAUUUUAGGAACAGUAACGCAAAAGACGAAUCCUAAAAUGAAGUGUGCGCGUAGAAGCGUCUCGUUAUUUAACAAGAAAGAUAAAGAAGUAAAAGUUACCAAAAGGAAGACCAGUUUAUGGUCUCGAUGGCAACGCAGCCGCAGUCGCGAGAGAUGUCCAGCUGGUACUAUAUUUACUCUGGCACCAGGGCACGACUCCAGUGGCACCGAAUAUACAGGCGACCAAAGCUCCGAGCACAGCACUCCCGCGCACUCACCCCGACAUCGAAUGAAAAGAGGUAAGAAAGGAACAGAUACCAUUUCUACUCUGAAUCCUGUAAUUAUACAGCUCAGUGAUCUCAACGACUAG